CUGAAGGGAGGGACGGACAAGCACAACAAGUUCCAAACAAGCCCAGAGAGAGAUUGAGGGGGGGGGGGGGAUCCUUUCCAGGCACAGCUGGAGGGGAGGUCCCAGGGGCUUCCCUGCCUCGACUCCAAGGCCCAGAGCUAUGCAAUCAACAAGGCCGAUGCAACUCUGAGCACAACAAGGCACUUCGGGUGCAAGUGGCGCCUUGGCUCCUCUUCAUCGGGGAAGAAGUGGCCCCUUGGGGUCCUGAAGAGGGUCCGGUCCUGGGCCCAGGUCUGCUCAACCUCGUUAUUAAUGGCUUGGAUGAAAGUUGAGAGGGUGCGAGUGUCAAGUGUGCAGACGGGACCAGAUGAGAAGGGAGCGCCAAUGCUCCAGAGGACCGGACCUGGGUGCAAAAGGACCUCCACAGCCACAACUCUCACCAUGAACCUCAACAAGGACACCUGGAAGAUGCUGCACUUGGGCAGAAACAAAGGAAAUGCAGAGAUACAGGACGGGUGGCAGUCUGUGUGAGGAAGACCUUGGGGUCUUUGUGGGGAACACGGUGAACAUGAGCCAAGAGUGAGGGGCAGGAGCUGAACAACCCAAGGGGAUUCUGGGCUGCGUCCAAAGGAGUCAAGUGUCCAGAUGGAGGGAAGACCUCCCGGGGCCUCCCUCGUCUGCUUUGGCCAGGCCCCUUCCCCUGGAAUCACACCGUGCCCCAUUCUGGGCCCCACAGUUCAAGAGAGAGAUUGACCCCAAGCUGGAAGGUGAACAGAGGGAGACGCAAAGGUCUGGAGACCCUGAGGAAUCCCUCUGAGGAGAGUCUUAAGGAGCUGGUCUGUUCAUCCUGCAGAAGAGAAGGCGGGGAGGAGGCAGGAGAGCCAGGAUGAAGGCCCUUCUGGGCGUCUGCUGCUGCUGCUGCCGCCACCCGCAAGUGCUGUGGGCCGCCCUGGCCGCCUCCAUGACCAUCGGCUUCGCCCUGCAGCUCUUGGGGGUCUCCUUCCAGAAGAGGGAGCCCCUCCUGCAGCCCCUGCCCCCCUCCCCCAGCCCCACCUGCCGGCCGCGGCAGCACGUGGUCUUCCUGAAGACGCACAAGACGGGCAGCAGCACCGUGGUCAACAUCCUGCACCGCUUUGGGGACCUGCGUGGCCUGCGCUUCGCCCUGCCCGCCCGCUACCAGUUCAGCUACCCCAGCCUCUUCCAGGCGCGGAGGGUCAAGGGCUGGCACCCCCGCGGCCGCCCCUUUGACCUGCUCUGCCACCACAUGCGCUUCAACCUGCCCGAGGUGCGGAAGGUGGUCCCUGGGGACAGCUUCUACUUCUCGGUGGUGCGGGACCCGGUCUCGCUGGCGGAGUCGGCCUUCUCCUACUUCCGCGGGGUGGCCUCCGCCUUCCGCCGCGCGCCCUCCCUGCCCGCCUUCCUGGCCGCCCCGCAGCGCUUCUUCCGCCCGGGCGAGCGCGGCAACCACUACGCCCGCAACCUGCUGUGGUUCGACUUCGGGCUGGACCCCCCCUCGGCCCCCGGCCCGGGCCCCGUCCGGGAGGCUCUGGCCGGCCUGGACCGCACCUUCGACCUGGUGCUGCUGACGGAGCACAUGGACGAGUCUCUGGUGCUGCUGGCGGAGGCGCUGUGCUGGGCCCUGGAGGACGUGGUGGCCUUCCGGCACAACCUGCGCAGCCCGCGGGCCCGGGCCCCCGCCCUGAGCCCCCUGGACGCGGCCCGCCUCCGGGCCUGGAACCACCUGGACUGGCAGCUGUACGUCCACUUCAACGCCUCCUUCUGGGAGCGGGCGGAGCGCUUCGGGCGGGGGCGCCUGGCGGAGGCGGUGGGGCGGCUGCGGGCGCUGCGGGCGGAGCGGGAGGGGCGCUGCCUGCGGGGAGGGGGCCCCCUGGAGCCCACCCACAUCCCCGACCAGGCCGUGCGGCCCUUCCAGUUCGGCCAGGCCCCCAUCCUGGGGUACGCCCUGCGCCCCGGCCUCCGGCCCCCCUGGAGCCAGCGCUGCCGCCGCCUGGUCACCCCCGAGCUGCAGUACAAGGACCUGCUGGACGCCAAGCAGUUCCCCCCCAAGGGGAACGCCACCCGCCCCGCCCCAGCGUAGUGACCCUGCCUUUCGCACCCCAAUGAAGACUAUCGUGGCCGAAGCACCGGGGUGUCGGUGUGCGGUUUCCUCGCUGAAUGGCCAAGGUGUUCGGCAGCAUUGUCUCCUGAGUGUUGUUGAAGGCUUCAUGGCUGGAGUCUUUGGAUGGCUGUGAAUUUCCCGGUCUGUCUGGCCGUGGUCCAAAGGCAAAGUGAUCCCCUCCACUGGGCUCUCCAGCACAAGGGAGACUCCGCCACAGGCAUUCUGGAUACUGGGAGCCAGACUGUGUUCGUUUUCUUGGUUUCUGUUGACGUUGUCCACCGGCUUCUUGUGGGUUCCAAUGGCUUCUCUGUGUAGUUUGACAAAGUGGUUGUCCGAGUGGUCCAGAAUCUCUGUGCAGACGCCCUCACUAAUUGACUCUGCAGUCUUCAUGGCUGCUCACAUGCUAAUGGGUGGAUCCCACUCAGCAGAUAAAGGUCUAGCUUGCUAAUUGCACCAUAAUUGGCGCUUGUCUGCCCACCCUGGACAUCAUUCCACAGGUCUCUCUCUUCCACUGGCUUGACUCCCAUCAGAUCCUCUGAAGGUGCCCGUAGCCACAGGUGCAGGCGAAACACAAAAAGGAGCAAAUGCUGCCAGAGCACAUUGGCCACGGAGCCCGGAAACCACACAACAACACCCCAGCGGGACUGGGAUGGAGCUGGGGAAGGCGGGGGUCCCACGGGCCUUUCCCCGAAAUAGAGCCAAGAGUGCAGGCAUUGCAGGCACUGCAAUGCAAUGCCAUGCUGCUUUUAAGAACAACAGGAAGCUCUAAAGCCAAUAUAUGAAGCAGAGGCUGGAUGGACAUCUGUCGGGAGAGAUUCCACUGCAUCUUCCUACCUGGCAGGAAGAAAGGAAGAAAGAAAGAAGGUCCGAUUGGAUGGCCCCUGGGGGUCCCUUUCAGUUUAUAAUUCUAUAACCUGCUUUCUUUCCAAAGAGCUGCUUUUGGGGGUUUUCACUGGGGGGGGGGGUGUCCCUUCAACACCCCCCCCCCCGCCCCUUCCUAUUGGUACGACCAGGAUUCUCAUUGAGGUCCCCCCCCCUUUGCAGCAAUCAUGAAGCUUGCUCUGUUGUACACGGAGGGGGUUUUAUUCUUAACUAUUUUGAAAAAGCAAUAAUUUUGUAAUAAAGAGAUCAUCAUAAGGGAGGCCUUGCUUUUGCGCCAGCCAGUCAUUCCUCCGUCCGGCCACAAGGGGCGCUGCCUCCCAAGGGUUCCUCGCGCUCUAUGCAUGUCUGCCUCCCUUCCGUCCUCCCUCCCUCCCUCCCUUCGGGGCUACUCAAUGCCAUUCAGUCUGGCUAAUUGCAGCAUUUGCACUCACUUCAGACAGACGAGGGUUCUUCCUCCCACCCUGCACACUAUCCCACUCACAUCAGAUCCUAUCAGGAUGCCAUUAUAUUAUAAUGAUGGUUAUUACUAUUAUUCUUUUAUUAUUGCUAUAAUUUAUUCUAUUCUGUUAUAUAUUGAUAUAUUAUAUUUAAUUAUAUUAUAAUAUUGUUAUUAUUAUUAUUUCUGCGUCUGAACAUCUUCAGAGGUUCUGUUGGAAAUGAGGCAACUGGGGUGCAUAGCCUAUAUAUCCCUGUGGAAUAAUGCCCAGGGAGGGAAGGAGGGAGAAAGAACCCUUGUGAGUUUGAAGCGAGUGUGAAUGUGGCAAUGAGCAAGCUUGGUUAGCAACUGAGAAUCCAUGAAGUUGCAAAGUCAUUCAGUGGGGUGGCCUGGCUCUUAUUGCUUGGAGUCAUCCUUUGCCUGGGUGGUGUUAACUGGCACUUUAUUGUUAUAUUAUAAUUAUGAUUGUUACCAUUAUUAUUAUUUUAUUAUUACCUUGAUUUAUUAUAUUGUAUUACUUUAUUAUUAUGCAAUAUAUGUUAAAUUAUA